AUGAAACUAGAGGUGCUUGACCUGUCAAGAAACAAGUUUUCAGGAAACAUACCAACGAGCUUGUCUAAAUUAACAUUUCGAAGUACCUUGGACUUGUCUUACAAUGACUUGUCUGGAAAAAUUCCAACCAGCACUCAGCUACAGAGCUUUGAUCCUUCAUCAUUUUCGCACAAUAGAGGACUUUGUGGUCCUCCUGUUUCACCGAAUUGCUCAAUGGUGGAACCAUCUCCUGGCAAACCUGCAGUAGGAGGUGAAGAAGAUUCUGAUGAGUUCAUGAAAUGGUUUUACACUGGCAUGAGACUUGGAUUUGCUGUGGGUUUCUGGGGGUUUUGCAGUGUUGUCUUCUUCAAGCGUUCACGGAGGCAUUCAUAUUAUCGUUACUUGGAUAAUGCAAAGGAUUGGGUUUAUGUUUCAUUUGUUUUAUUGAAAGCAAGAGCACUUGAGAGCAACGAGAGUGAAAAACGAAUAGAAAUAGAACAUUUGAGCAGUCCAAAAGCUAAACAUAUGCAGCAAAGUUCCAUACAGGUAGACCACACAGUCAUGUGA